AUGACAGAUUGGAAAGGCAUCGUCAAGAAGGGUUGGCAUCCCGAGAAAGAAGGGACCUCUCUCAAGGACCAAGUCUCCGGCUUACUCGGCCGAGGCGACAAGUCCUCCAAUCCCGAAUCCCACGUCUCCCGACCUAUUACCGAAUUACGCGACCCGUCCUCCUUCGGCCCCCCUCCAAAGCGCGACCCCAAUGCACAACCUGCAUACUCUCAUCACAACCACGAACCCGCAACUGCAUACUCGGCAGCUGCUCCGCCGCCGCCUCAGUCUUACAUUAGACCUCCGCCCCCACCUCCUCCAGGCUCGUACCAGCACCAAGGAGCAAUAGAAGAGCCUCCCGCUCCCUCCAAGCCAUGGAGCCUCAACAGCACAGGCCUAUCUACCUCCCACCUACCCCCUCCGCCCUCCCGUCGCGAUGGCAAGACACCCCCGCCUACCUACGCGCCCAACAUGGCACCACCAGGCGGGCCGCCCUCUCUACCCCCCAGGUUACCACCGCGAUCAGGGGCCAACUCACCAGCCCCGUCACACGCUCCAACUCCACCUAGUCCGACACCACCGUCGGGACACCUGAACCAAGGAGCCAUGAGCCGCCUUGGCGCGGCCGGUAUCUCCGUCCCCGGGUUCGGCAUAGGCAGAUCUGCGCCUGCACCACCGGCUCGGUCGUCGACAUCGACCCCGCCGCCCACGAAUACGAGCACAAGCACCUCGAUGAAAAACGGUCUCAGUGAGCUACAGGGGAGGUUCUCACGACUCGGCAGCUCAUCUUCCAAGACCACUGAUCACCCUUCUGCAAGCACGAGCACAAGCGCAACCACGUCGAUGAAAAACGGAACAACCUUUGCACAAAAACAAGCCGCCAUGCGUACCGCAUCCAAUUUCCACAAAGACCCCUCCUCCGUGUCCCUAGCCGACGCGCGAUCCUCCGCAAGCACAGCGAACAACUUCCGCCAGCGGCACGGGGAGCAGGUCGCGAGUGGGUUGCAGACGGCAAAUAGCCUCAACCAGCGAUACGGGAUAAGUGAACGGGCUGGUUUUGGCGGUGGUGGCAAGACCGACGCGUCAGAUGUCGCAGAUGGGGAGGCUGCGAAACCCAACACGUUCGGUGUUAUGGCGGCAGGUUUGGCUGCUAAGAAGAAGCCGGCUCCGCCGCCGCCUAGGAAGAAGGCGGAAUUGUCGUCUGCGGGCGUUGGGGCGGGGACUCAGGAUCAGGGUGGAAGUUCGGGGCCGCCGCCGCCGCCUGUACCUUUGGCUACGCGGCCUAAAUUUUGA